AUGGCCGCCUUUGAAUCUUGGGCCCAAUCUCAGAUCAGCCAGCUCCUCCCGCUGGAUGAAGAGUCUUUGAAACAAAUCGUCAACUACUCAGCCAGUCUAUCCAAAGAUGCCUGUGCCGAUCACCUCAAAAAUCUCCUCGGCGACUCCCCGGCAGCCUUGGAAUACAUCACAUCGUUCAAUGCACGUCGUGAUUCACAAUCGACAACCUCCUAUACCCGCGAUACCUCAUCCACGAACAAUGAUCGCCCUCGGGGGAAGAACAAGAAGGAGAAGAAGCCGCUACACAGUGCCGGUCCACCACGCCGUCCAGACAACUUUGGCAACGUGGGAGGAGGCUAUAUGAAGGCGGAUAAAGUUGAAGACUACAUGUCGGCUAGUAAACACCCAUUGUCGUCGUCUACUUCGGGACUUUUCGCGCCUAGCUCAUCAACAUCAUUGCGCGACCAAUCGCCGAUGCCAACCUCUUCCAAAACCCCGCCGUCCGCUGCCGGUCCGGUGAUAUCCGAUUUGCUGCCGAAUGUGCGAUCAAAAACGACCAAAUCAGCUCGACAAACAGGAAAUCCCAAGCCCUCGAAGGGCGGCGAGUCUCUCACAACCAACAAUAUUACCGAUUUGACGGCUGCCAUCGCUGCGCUGGAAGUAUCAACCAACCCCGGUUUGAGCUUAGAGAGACGAAAAUGUACCUGCUACGCGUCGAUCCAUCCAUUAUUCGAUCCUGCUCCGAAUUGUCUGAACUGUGGGAAAAUAAUCUGUGCAUUAGAAGGGCUGCAGCCGUGUUCCUUUUGUGGUACGCCACUUUUAUCGGCGGAAGAAGUGCAAAGUAUGAUUCGAGAACUUCGCAAUGAGCGUGGCCAACAGAGAAUGCGCGCUCACAACGAAGGUGUACAUCAUGAUGGGGGACCACGGCCAGUUUCUGGAUCUGAGUUGACGCCUAGCAAAUUAGACGCUGCUAGGGCCCACCGCGACAAACUUCUGAACUUUCAAGCGCAGAAUGCCCAAAGGACCAAGGUUGUCGACGAAGCGGCCGAUUUUGAAACCCCUAAUACCGCUGCGACUCUGUGGAUGAGUCCAGCGCAGCGAGCGCUCGCGCUGAAGAAACAACAGCGAAUCCAGCGCGAGUUAGAGGAGAAGGCCCGGCCGGAGUGGGAAAAGAAGAAGACCGUCAUGAGCCUUGAUAUCAAAGGUGGAAAGGUUCGACGGGUAUAUCAGUCCGCAGCCGUGGACCCAACGCCAGAGCCUAAUGAGUUGGAUCUGAUAGAUACCAAUGCGGAAGCCUCUUCAAAGUCUCCCGGUCAGCAUGCAUUUAGCAACAAUCCGCUUCUUGCUGCUGGUGGAUUAAUGCGACCUGUAUGGCGUGCCCCGGAUGGCAAAACUGUUGAGAAAUCGGAGAAAUCGGAGCCGAAACAGAUAUGGCGGCGGGUACAAGAUGACAAUGACGAUAAUGAAUCUUGGAUCUUAGAUGGUGGUCUAGAAGGGCAUAGCAGGUGA